ACUGGGCGCACGCGGGAAGUCCGAGAGGCUGGGUCGGGCGCCCAAGUGAGGGCCCAGGCGGGGCGAAACAGGCGCAGCCAAGGGGCUGGCACCUUCGCCCCCCGCCGGGGAUUCAAAGGGUCGGGCUCCACCCCCUCGAAGCCCCGAGCCCACUUUGAUGUGCUGAUGCGGCCUGGAAGGCGCCACUUCACACCUCGGGCUCGGCAUAAAACGGCCGCCGGUCGCCGGCCCCCAGACGCGCCGCCGCUGCCAUGGCCCAGCCCCUGUGCCCACCGCUCUCCGAGUCCUGGAUGCUCUCCGCGGCCUGGGGCCCAACUCGGCGGCCGCCGCCCUCCGACAGGGACUGCGGCCGCUCCCUCGUCUCGUCCCCAGACUCAUGCGGCAGCACCCCAGCCGACAGCCCCGUGCCGAGCGCCGCGCGUCCCAGCGCCCGCCUGGAUCCCCGCGCCCCCACCGUAGGGAAGCGCGGCGCGCGCAGCAGCCGCCUGGGCAUCGGGCAGAGGCAGAGCGCCAGUGAGCGGGAGAAACUGCGCAUGCGCACGCUGGCCCGCGCCCUGCACGAGCUGCGCCGCUUUCUACCGCCGUCCGUGGCGCCGGCCGGCCAGAGCCUAACCAAGAUCGAGACGCUGCGCCUGGCCAUCCGCUACAUCGGCCACCUGUCGGCCGUGCUGGGCCUCAGCGAGGAGAGUCUCCAGCGCCAGCGCCGGCGCCGCCAGCGCGGGGACGCAGGGUCCCCUCGGGGCUGCCCACUGUGCCCCGACGGCUGCCCCGCGCAGACGCAGACACGGACGCAGGCGGAGGGGCAGCGGCAGGGGCAGGGGCGCAGGCUGGGUCUGGUCUCCGCCGUCCGCGCCGGGGCGUCCUGGGGGUCCCUGCCUGCUUGCCCCGGAGCCCGAGAUGUGCCCGAGCCGCGCGACCUGCCUGCGCUCUUCGCCGAGGCAGCGUGCUCGGAAGGGCAGGUGAUGGAGCCGAGCCCACCGUCCCCGCUCCUUCCCGGCGACGUGCUGGCCCUGCUGGAGACCUGGAUGCCCCUCUCGCCUCUGGAGUGGCUGCCUGAGGAGCCCAAGUGACAGCGGACAACUGACGCCGUCUCUAUGAGCACCGAGGCUCUUUUGGCCUCAGCCCCUUCGAAGUGGUUCCUUAGCAGACUGCCUUUCCUGGAAGAGGGCAGCGGCGAUCCCGGCAGGGGCAUUCCUGCGGGUGAGAGCCUUGCCCACCACAGCGGCCCUUCUUAGCACCCCCCCUCUAUGGAGGGACCCAUAGGGUUAGAUACUUUGAAGCAAGCAGGAGGCUCUGCCUAAUGUGAAUUUAUUUAUUUGUGAAUAAACUGCUGGUGUCAGUUGGCAA